UUUCAGAUGUUCUACUUUCUCGUCCUUGCACUAGCUGCUACAGUGCAGUCCGUUAUGUACGGCCCCGGGGCUCCUCUCGCCAGCGACCCUCGACUUACAGGGGUCAACACCAACCCCUUCGCAGAUUUCAUGAGGCUUCCCAUCCAGAUGAACCAAUGUAGUGCCUCCACUCAUUUCAGCGCCAACGCCAUCUUUGAUCAGAGUUUUGUGUGCGCCAAGGACGUUAAACGUCCACAGAACUGGCCAACCUCAAACAUCGACAGAUUUUUUAUCCCCGACCCAGAACUCCAAGGAUACAAUCAACAGCCCCUCUACAGGGCCUUCGCUAACCCUCAGAACGACCCAGCGGCCAUGGCCUACUACAAACAAACAUAUGACGCCCUGGAGUCUUGGAAAUACUCUGGACUGGAACAGGAAUUCUCUCAGUGUUUCUCCGAUCUCUACAGAUACGAAGAUGCCGUCCAGAUCACUGAAUACAAGCUAGACCCAGUCUGUAAGACUACCCUGGUGAACCUGACAGACGAGGCUAUCUGGCACAACUAUAACGGCAGGGACUACAAGUGUUUUAUCCCAUUCCCUCAGCAACUCACAGCCGUCAAAUGUACUCACCCACGAUACCCCGCCAUAGAUAAGUGCCGACUUGGAUACAGUGUUAGAGAUGAAUACAGAUGUGCCCCAACCAACUUUGUCCGCAGAAAGGUUAAUCUUGUUUGUCCAGAAAUCCAGAUGGUCUUCGUCCGAUCCUUUGAUGUCCCCACAGCCUGCAGCUGCAAGCUUUGUUACGAAUGUAAAAACGUCAUCCCAGACCCAAGGGCCUACUUGGGAUUUCCUAAUGCAGGAAAAAAGUAAACCAAUAAAUCCCACCAAAUAUUGUGAUAACAGAUGACCUUAUGAAGAGAAUCAAAAUGGCUGAAGAUACCUGUCUUGAGAUAAGAAGUGUUGCCAGCGGUUUCUGUCUUUAUUUUGUCAUCUGUCUGAUUUAUAACAAAUCUACACAAAGUGCCAUAUUGAGCAUAAAUGAAAUUGGAAUAUUGCGAGAAAGUGAGUGUAUGUUACCACGUUCGGGCACGUGAAA